ACCACAACUGCCAAAACAAUGGAUAGACCAUCACGCCUAGCAUCCUCCUGAGAUCUUGACUGCUGGUGCCAGCAAUUUCCUUUCUCUAGCUGGCCCUGCUCGCGAUCCGUAGCUAGAGCUGCUCAAGUUUAGGAACCUUUUUCAGCGCGAUUCGGUUACAGAGGUUAGGCGAUUCUUUGUCUCACAGCUUGACACGCGCCGAAGGAUAAGCAGUGUGAAAGCGAAAUGGAGGGGGGGGAAUCACAGGCCAGAAGGGAGAAAGAGGCAGUUUCCGCAGAGCACGAAAAGGGCAUUAAUGGGACGCACGAAUCGAAUCGUGCGAAGGGUGCAGCGGCGAAACCGAAGAACAAGAGCGAGGAGGAGGACAACGAAAUGCAUCAGGGCGAGCUGAGAGAAAUUCACGAGGAGCGCCGCGAAAUCGAUACGCUAGCAGGGGCCAAUAAAGAUGAGAGGAAGGAGGAACGAGAAGAGCGCAAGGGUCCACGGGGGCGGCACGACACGACGGGCAACAGCAGAGGAGACACCAGCUCUGACAACAACUCUGGCGAAGCUGCUAUCGCAGCUGGUAGUAAGGAUUCAGAUGGCAGAAAAGACGGAGGGAAAGAGAGAGGGGGAGACUCCGACGAGGAGGCUGACGCUCGACGCAAGGCGGAGUCGGUAGGUGGCUCUAACGCUACUGAUGCUGCUGCCGCUGCUACAACUGCUGCCACUGUUUCAACAGCCAGAACUUCUGCGAAUGCUCCUGCCGCUGGUGUUGGUGCCGGCAACGCAACGGCAAUCGUGGGCGGGGAAGGAAGUAGUAUCUCUACCUCAAGUGGAUCAACGGCUCUUGUCGACGUUACCAUAGCAGGCAGCUCUCCUGCCGCUGCUACUGCUGCCCUUGCCGUUGCUCCUGCGCGUCUGGACCACCACUGCGACGCCCUGGGCACGUGCAUCGCGCGCCGCAACCACCGCUUCUUCAUCGCCUUCCUCAUCGCCUCAUCCCUCGCGGCCACAGCAGUCAUUGUGUCGGUCUGCUUACAGCUGGCAGCAGCUGAUUGGUCAAGGGGUCUGGAAAACCAGCCAUGGCAUUUGUAUGUGCUGCUGGUGGUGCUGCCUCUCUCUUUCUACGGUGCAUGCCUCGUCGUCUUCGCGCUGCUCCACUGCGCCAUCCUCAUCUGCGAUGUGACCACUAAGGAGUAUAUUCGGUACCAGCAGGGCAAGGCAACGGCAUCAGUCACCAAGCAGCGCACGUGGGAGGGCCUCAAAGAGAAUUUGUAUGAUGUGUGCUGUGCAGAAGUUAGGAUGAGGCCGAACAUCCGUUAAAGUGAGAGGCUAAAAUAGUGAAGGCUGGCCCAACUUGAAAGAGCGCAGCUUCGGUAGCUGUAUGAGGGAGUAUCUGCAUGUCUGGAAUCUCAGCAUUCUGGUCACCAAAACACUUC